AUGACGAAAGAACUUGUGAAAUCCAUCCGUAUCUCCAUAAUUGUGCGUCCUUCCUUUUGUGUCUCAGCGGCUUUGUACACAUAUGAAGGAAACAGCAAUGACAUCAGACUAGCGGGGUCUGGAGAUGGCGGUCUGGAAGAAAUGGUGGAUGAGCUGAGCAGUGGGAAAGUGAUGUAUGCUUUCUGCAGAGUGCGGGACCCCAACUCAGGUCUCCCCAAAUAUGUCCUCGUCAACUGGACAGGGGAGGGCGUGAAUGAUGCCAGGAAAGGAGCAUGUGCCAACCACGUCAGCACUAUAGCAAACUUCUUAAAGGGAGCCCAUGUCACAAUCAAUGCACGUGCUGAUGAGGAUGUAGAGCCAGACUCUAUCAUGGAGAAGGUGGGCAAAGCUUCUGGAGCCAACUACAACUUUCAUAAAGAGAGUGGAAGAGGCAGUGAUGUUCCUCAGGGCCCUGUGGGAUCUGUUUACCAGAAAACAAACGCAAUGUCUGAAAUUAAACGUGUAGGAAAAGAAAACUUUUGGGCUAAGGCAGAGAGGGAUGAGGAGGAGCGAAGACUAGGGGAGCAACAGAAGACGUCUUUGGAGAGAGACCGGCUGGAGAGUGAGCGAAAAUCCAGAGAGCAGAAAGAGGCCGAGGAGAGGGAGAGACGGUUCAAAACGAGGGCCGGCGAAAUAGAUGCUCAUAGGAAAGUGCAGCAGGAGGCCGACAAACAAGAGCGGGACACUGCUUCCCAGCGAACCGUUAAUGCCCGGGAGGUGUUCAUGCAGAAGGAGCGUGCGUUCCCUAACGCCGCCCCAGUCAGUGCAGCGCCUGGAAAGCUGCGCAGUCCUUUCCUCCAGAAGUCGACCAGUCAGCCUGAGCCUGAGUCUCCUCCACCAUCCCCUGUAAAGCUGGCUCAGGAACCCCCUGCAUCACCUGUGUAUCGUGCUCAUCAGACACCCCCAGAGUCUCCAGCUCCCCCCGUGUCUCAUUCUCCUCCAGCACCUCCUGUCAAUGUGAAAGAACAAGUCCCUGCCCAGCAGCAGCAGGAGGAGGACUUGUACCAGGAGCCACCGGAAGAUAAUGAUCUUUAUGAAAUGCCUCCUGAGGAGGAGCCGGUGUAUGAAACAGGGUUGGAUGAAGAGCGGGGACUGUGUGCACGAGCACUCUAUGACUACCAAGCUGCUGAUGAUACCGAGAUCUCCUUCGACCCAGAUGACCUGAUCACACACAUCGAGAUGAUCGAUGACGGAUGGUGGCGUGGAUAUGAUCCCAACGGUCACUAUGGCAUGUUUCCUGCCAAUUAUGUGGAAAUUCUGGAGUGAGAGACGAUUGGGAGCCCUUUGGGGUUGGAAGUGAGACCUUAUGAUGAGAGAGGCUCCUACUGCACUGAUACAGAUAUAUUACCAUGGGCUGUAACCACAAAAAAAA